AUGCAAAAAGACAAAAGAAACCAGGUGAACUCUCUCUGGCGUCUGCGCAAUGGCAGGCAGAGGGAGAAAGGUCUUGGUGGCGAAGUCUAUCUUAUCGCCUCCCUCUUUAUAAUUGCUCCCCGCGAUCUCCCGUCCUCCCCCAGGUUUCCCUCCUUUCCCAAGGACAUAGCUCCAGACACGACACUGUUCGACUCGACCUUGACGUUCCCCUUACCGGUCGUGAUCUCUUAG